AUAGUGUGCGUCCACGUGCUGCCUUCAUGCAUACUGCUCCGCCUUACAGUUUAGUGCGGAAGUGCGCUGUUUGGUGUAGAGAUAGGGACAGUGCCACUUCGAGUCGCCAGUGCAUCCAUUCAAACACGCAGGACUGAGGGAGAGCUGCUGAAGCGGUGCCAUCUCAGUGACCACAGGGGAUGCUUCGAGGAUCAUCUAAAGCUCUUCACUUUUGAGGAGGUCAGUGAAGUGAAGAGUGAUGGCAGGAGAGAAGAGUUCUCCAGACGACACGCGCUCUUCCAGAGUCAUUCGGGCGGUGUUUCUGGCUCUUCUACUGGACCUGCUGGGGUUCACAGUAAUCCUUCCUCUUCUCCCCUCCAUCUUAGAUCACUACAGUCAAACAGGGGAUAGUGUGUAUCUGUCACUACAAAGCAUUGUGGACUGGUUCAGGGGCACUGUAGGAAUUCCUUUGGAGAGAAAAUACACCAGUGUACUUUUUGGAGGUCUGAUUGGCUCACUCUACUCACUGCUGCAGUUCAUUUUCUCUCCCGUGAUAGGGGCUGCAUCCGAUCAGCAUGGCAGAAGACCGCUGCUACUUAUAACUACUGUUGGGUUGAUUUUCUCCUACAUUCUGUGGGCUGUUUCUCACAGCUUCAGUGUUUUUCUCCUGUCUCGUGUGGUGGGAGGAAUCUGUAAAGGCAAUGUCAGCCUCUGCACUGCUGUUGUGGCAGACCUACCUUGCCCUAAAGCAAGAAACAGAGGGAUGGCAAUGAUUGGUGUUGCCUUCUCUUUGGGCUUUACCCUGGGCCCGUUAAUGGGAGCCUACUUUGCACUGAGACCAGUGGAUGCUGAGUUGUUUUAUCAAGGACCUGCUAUACUGUCAGUUCUCUUCUCUGUAGCAGACCUGCUCUUCAUUUUUUACAUGCUUCCAGAGACUUUGAACAAGGGCAAUUCGGAGCACACAGGCGUUCAGGAGAUAGGAGACCUGCUCAACCCAGUGGCCCUUUUCAACUUCUCUGCCGUCACAAGAACAAAAGAGCCACCCUCCAGACACCGGAUGCGAAAUCUUAAGGUUCUGGGCUUGGUGUACUUUGCAUACCUCUUCCUUUUCUCUGGGCUUGAGUUCACACUGAGCUUCUUAACUCAUCAACGCUUCCAGUUCUCCAGCAUGCAACAGGGGAAGAUGUUCUUUUUCAUUGGCAUCACCAUGGCAACAUUCCAGGGAGGAUAUGCACGCAGGAUCCAACCAGCUCAGCAGAUCCGGACAGUCCGCAUCGCAAUAUUAUUACUCAUUCCAGCCUUCAUACUCAUUGGAAUAGCAUGGAAUUUAAUAAUGCUUUACAUCAGCCUUUUUCUCUAUUCCUUUGCGGCUGCCAUUGUUGUACCAUGUCUUUCAGCACAAGUAUCUGGUCACGGCACAGCGAGUCAGAAGGGUACAGUGAUGGGGAUCCUGCGUAGUCUGGGAGCACUGGCCCGAGCACUGGGUCCAGUUGUAGCUUCCUCAGUGUACUGGCUUGCUGGUGCUGAGUUGUGCUUCAUCAUCAGUUCGGCUUUCUUUUUUGCCCCGUUGCUCUUACUGAGCCGACUAGAGGAGCACAAAGAGGAUUGAGAACACACUCGUACAACUUUUACUGAAAAUACCUUUUACAAACAAUUUCUAAAUGGCGUAAAAAUAUUUCCAACUUUACUUUUUUUUCUAACAUUUUUUAUACAACAAAAUAUUUUAAUAGUGCAAUAUAUUUUGAAAAAGACAUGCAAUGCAGUAUGACAACGAUGGGGCAGUUUUGAUACACUAUACACUAUAUGCUGCACAAGAUAUUCAAUAAAUUUGAUUUGCUAGAAUUAAGAAUCCUUGUAACUCCGUAACAUCUAUUUUCUUAAUGUGGUGUGAGUCAUGAACUACUAGUAUAAUAAAUAUGAUUUAACAUUGUGAAAAAUAUGAACUGUUAACAUGUGUAAAAUUGCAAACGUUCAAAGUUGGCAUUAUACAAUGGGAAUCCUGCCUUUUUUCAGUGAAUUAGAUUAUUCAGUUCAGCUCAGCAAUAAGAACAUCUUCCUAACAGUUCAUUGCAAUGUUGUUCUUCAGCGAAAGCUGUAUUUUUCCCCGAAUAACACACGUUGUGUGCUUGGUGCACAGCGAUGGACCAGCAUCCACUUCAGGGUGUAUUUCCGCCUUGUGAUAAAUGUUCCUGUGAAAGGCUUCGGGUCCACCACAGCCCUCACCAGGAUACUGAAGAUGAAUGGAUUCACACUAACAAACAGUUAUGUUGGAAAAGCUUGUUUGUAAAUAACGCUGACAGAGUAAAAGAGCACUGGUUACGUCUACAAAAAAGAAGAAGAAAACACAGCUCACAUACUGUAUGUAAACUGACCCUGUGUUCAAUUAAAGAUGUCAUGAACUAAA